AUGAACUGCAUCGGCGUCCACCACGAGGUGUACUCCGUGUCGCCGCUGCUGGUGCGCCGCGUGCUCUGCAACCUGGUGGAGGGCGUGGCGGAAGAGCUGAGCCGCCUGAUGACGUCAGUGGUGCGGAUGACGCCGGCCGGCGGACAGCAGGCCCGUCUUGACCUGGCCGCCCUGCAGGAGACGCUCCAGCUGUACGUCACCGAGGCGGCCAGGCUAUCGUUCGUUGAGGCCUCGGAGUCGCUUCCCAACCAUCAGGACCCGGCCGGCGACAAGCGGCUGGUGGAGGAACUUUUGAAGAAGUUCCGCGCCAAUAUGAAGCUGCAAAUCAUGUGCUUCACCAAAGAGCCCAGUCUCGAGGACUUUCCGUCCGACUGA